AUGGCAAACGCCCCACAAGACAUUGUUCAGCGCCUGCUGUUCAACGAAUCGCGAUCGACGUCUGCGCCGCCACAAGUUGAUCGCACAGGUGCUUCUGAGGUGUUAACAUUAGAAGAGUUAGAGAAGCAGGCGUAUAGGGCGCAUCCGGACUAUCACAUUCUAUAUUUCCAACAGAAGCCACCAGACCCUCGUUUGCCCAAACCGUUAUUUGCUUGGAACUUACCGAAGGGGUAUGAGGCGGUAUUAAAAAAGGCUUACAAACAAACCUUCGACUUCACCAAUAUCAUCAGUGAUCUCAAGAACAGUAACUCUCGCCUUAAAGAAGAGACUCAAAAGACAGACACUGGAGACAACCCUAACCCAGAAGAACACCAAGACUCCUCACAACCUCACAAUCAAGAAAAUUACGCGCCACGCGGGGAAAAGCCCCUUGACGACGACAUCGACGAACGGGAAGAAAGUGAUGACGUGUCCUCCCAAAAUUCAUCGGACGAGGAGGAGAGUGAGGAGGACAACAGUGAGAAUUCAAAUAGCUCGAAUAACACGUCGGACAACGACUCGAAUGUGUCGAGCGGUGAGGAAGAGAGCGACGAGAACUAUUAUCAGAACACUUAUAAUACCUUUGGAUACCCUGUACCAAACUACACAAUGCCCUUCCAAAACACUUAUAUGUACCAAAUGGAACAAAACGCUCCCGCUGACUAUGUUGCGAUGAGUAAAGAACACCACGGCAGUCGUAGUGUCCAACAAAAUAUCGAAAAGGGGACUGCGGAUGAACGACUGACGAUUUGGCGAGCUAUUCAAAGUCAUAUUGUCGAGCUCUCUGCCGACUUGUUUGCAAACUACGUGAUCCAAAAGGCACUUGAAUUUGUCCCCGAGAGUCGUCACGCUGUUCCCGCGCAAAUGAAAAACAAUGUUUUGCGCUUGACAUUGCACAUGUAUGGGUGUCGAGUCGUCCAAAAGGCUGUGGAGUAUGCUGCAAUGAAAGACCGCAAACUUCUUUUUGAAGAAUUGCGAGGACAUUUAGUCCAAUGCAUAGAAGACCAGAAUGGGAAUCAUGUCAUUCAGAAAUGCGUAGAAAAGGGGGAUAGAAGUAUGGUGAUGGAUGUAGUCAAGGCGUUGAAUGGGAUAGUGUUAGAAUGUUGUAGACAUCCAUAUGGGUGUCGAGUAGUUCAAAGGGUAAUAGAAAGUGUCGACUACGACUGUGUAGUCGACUUAUUAAAGAUCAUCGAACCACAGUCGUUGAAUCUGACGGAAGACCAAUAUGGGAAUUAUGUUGUGCAGAAUGUACUGGAGAGAGGGUAUGACAACGACAGACAUAUCAUCUUAACCAAAUUAAAAGGAAAUAUAGUCAGACUCUCAAUGGGAAAGUACUCUUCAAAUGUCAUAGAGAAAUGUUUUAAGCACGCAACACAGAACGAACGCGCACAGAUACUUGAAGAGAUCUAUGUCAACGAUGGGAUAGUCAAAAUGAUGCAGGACCAAUUCGCAAAUUAUGUGGUUCAGAAAAUUAUCGAGGCGGUUAAUGAUGUGGAUAGAGAGAAGAUCGUCGAAGGGUUCAUUAAGCCAAACAUCGCGCUGCUCAAAAAGGUGUCGUACACUAAACACAUUUUGAAUUUGCUCGAAUCAGUUUACAAUGUCCAUUUAUGA